UUUUGGAGGGAAAUGUGUAAACAGUUGACCUUGGCGUCAGUGUUAGAAAUUUAAAUUUUUCCAGACCGUUCCGGAUUGUAGACUUGAAGAGUUCGUAUGGUACACAUCAAGACUAAAAGACUUCCCUUGUCCUAAGAACUGUGUUUUAUCGGAAAUGGCGGCGCCGAUUUUACCUGCUGGAGCUGCACUCUUCAGUGAUGGUGGCUUUUGCGAAGAUUUGUUUCUGUGCAGAAGGUAUGUCAACGUGCCCAAAUAUUUCGAUCCCAAACUGCUGUUUUUCGGAUCAGGAAACGGACCUUUAAAACUGUGCCAACGAUUAAUGGACAAUGUGGUAAAUUCUCCGAAUCUUUUGACUGUAAGGCCUUCAAUCAGUUUGUUGAGCAUGAUUCCGUCGGUGGUAGACAGUCUGCCAUCAACCAUGAAGGGACUUCAGAUCGUUGCCUUUGGAAAGAAAUAUAAUUGGACACAAGAUGAACCUGAAGGGGUCUUCUUCGUUACGGAUUACGAAACUGUGCGAAUAGAUGGGCUAAAGAAGAAAAAAGACAUGGCUGUUGAAGAUUUCUUGGAGUGGCGAAACUUUCCCAGGGAGCGUUUGUACGGUGUGAUCUUUCAAGAAAUAGAACCGUUGUGGUUGAGUCGUGUACGCUCUGCUGAAAUAUUCAACUUUAAAAAGCGGUUAGCUGAUGUUUUGCAGGUGAAAUCAGAGAACGUAUUUUGGCUGCAAACACAACAAGAGGCUUUUGAUCUUCUGUCUAUCACAAUGACUAAAAUUUAUCGCUGGCGUGAGGACAAAGAAAGCGAGGAAAAUGAAAAAAUAGCACGUGGUGAAGUAAAGUUGACUCAAGAAGAAAAGCAGAAAGAACUUCUUGAACCCACAACAAUGCUUUAUGGUGAUAUUGCAGAGAAGAAUGGGAUUGUUCUAGCUGAAGGAGUUUGACCAUUUUGUUCAAGAAUAUGACCCCUGUUGAACUUGCAGUAGUCAUGAGUUAGUUCAACUAACUUUAAAGCUCAUUAUACAAAUAUUUUCAGUGAGUUAUAGCAAAAAUUAGGUAAAUACUUUUAAGUCCCCUUGAGUUAGAGGGGACUGUUUUAAAGUUUUGCUGAUCAAUUUUGAUAUAUUUUGUUUGAGAAUACAUUUCCUAUUUUUCAGAAUAUAUAGAUUAUUCUCUGAUUUUAAACAGAAGCAUAUAACAUAGACUUAAGUUGAUGUCUUCUGCUUUUAAGUCACUUUUCUAAAGUCUGCUCUGAGAUUGCAGACAAAAUAAGUGAACUUAUUUCAUAGAUACCAGUAUUUUACCAAAAUGUUUAGUACUUUACUAUUGUUAGUAUGCACAGAAUUAAGUAUGAUUAUUUAACAUGUUUGAGUUCCCAUGUGUUGAAUUGCAAAUGAAGAAGUUGAGUGAAUGCAUCAAUGACCAACGAGUUUAGUGGAAACAAACAAAAAUCUUUACAAGUAAAUAGUUCAGUAAACAGAUGCUGGGAUUAUAUUUUGAGCUAAGUAUCAUUACAUCUUCCCAAACCUGUGGAAGCACAUGUAGUUAUGGCCAGCUAUUUGGCCCAUCUGAGAGAGAAUUCUCAGAGGUUUUGAUACAAUGCAAACUUAAAAAAUUGACAUAGCCUAUUGCUAAUCUCUUUCCUACUCAAAGUGCAAAAGCUGUAACUUAACAUUUGAUUUGAAGGCAGUGUGUCUUACCAAUGUUACUGGCCUUUCAACCCCAAAAUCUCCAGGUUUAAUUUCUUGGCUGCACUUAAUAGCAAAUUAACUGUUCCUUUUCCUCCCCAUUGAGAUAUUUAACUAUCUUAUUUUGUCUAUUUAAGUACUUGUUUCAUCAAUUACUGUACAACCAUUGGCUCUGGAAAGCCCCACUGGGGCUGUAGUCAGUCAAGAUAUCUUUCCUUUACUGACUUAUUCAUUUUGAGUUUGCAGUUAAGGUUAUUAAGUAAGCUUGCAAUUUAGAAUUGCCAAAAGUUAUGCUGUCAUUUCAGGGAAUGUACAAUUUAUGUUACCAAUGUUGAAUAGACCAGGUUGUAAAAUUUUUAUUAUAAGACAAAUGCACAAGUUUGUUUGUGGCUUUUAUUUAGUUUUUCCUCAUACAAACAUGUUGACAUUCAUUAGCAUAGCUGCCGCUAUGUUAUUAGUAUACAGAGAAACUCCUUGGUGUGAGAUUUGAACUGAGAAAACUUAAAGAAUCUUUUUUAAAGAAUACCCUAAAAAAGAAAUGACACAAUCUUUGCAAAUUCACAUCUACUCCUGUUU